AUGUCAUUCUUCGGCUUUGAUCCUACCAAGCCCGACUCGGGCAGGGGAUCUGGGCGUCGACAAAGAGAUAAGAAAGCCGAAAAGCCGUUGGAUUUUGAAGAAACGUAUCAAGGUUUCGGUGAACACGAUCAGGAGGAGGAUGAUUAUUUGAAUGACGAAACUUUCGGCAAUGCUACGGAAUUGGGGACAGACUUUGAUUUUGGUUAUGGUAAGGGUUCUUUGGAAUCGGACGUAGCUCCUAAGUCCUAUGCUGACCACGGGAGAUCGUAUGCAUCUGCGGCUGUUGCCGGCCCCCCAUCCGGACAAACUGGAUACGGAGCUGCAGCAGUGCAAGGAUUGGAUGACGGUUUGGAUUUCAAGCCAAUGGAAUCGCUCUGGACUAAUCAACCAAUGUCUAUGCCAAUGCCUCAGCAGUUUCAGCAGCCACAGCUUCCACAACACCCCCAACACCCCCAACAAGUGUUAUCAAUGGAGCAAUUGGAAAGACAGCAACGGCAACAGCAACAACAAAUGGGCAUUCCAGCGCAACAACAGGGUUUUGUCGGUAUGCCUCCCCAGCAGGACAUGAAGCCAAUGGGAUAUGGUUAUUCCCCUCAGGGAUACAUGCCUCAGAUUCAUCAAAUGCAGGGUGGUGGCUUCCCAAAUCAACCACAAUCAUUCCCUCCACAAGCUGUUCCACCACAAAAUAUGGGCACCCAUCAAUAUCAACCCAUGCCAUUGAUGUUCAACCGGCAAAUGGAACCCCACCAACAUCCGCAACAGCAAGUCGCUAGCCCUCCAAGUAAUCAGCAGCAACAUCUGCCAGUGCAACAGCAAUUGCCACAGCAGUCUAUUCCAAUUGGUCUAUCUCCACAAGCUCAGGAAUUGGGGCCACAGCAACAACAGCAGCAAUCUCAGCAGGGAUCGAACUUCCCCGUGCAGAUGGAUAGCACUCGCAACUCGGCAUCCCCUCGUUCCCAAGCGCUAUCGCCACCUCACACUCCAAGAGAUUCCAAUUCUAGGAAUGGUCGUCGGGGUUCUAUGAGGAGACAGCAAGAGCCCUUGACGGAAGAGGAGCACAAGCGCUUGCAAAUUCGUCAAGCUAAGGUUGAUAAAAUUUUGAGACACAGUGGUGUUAUGACUCCUCGUGAUAAGGAUUUUAUCACCCGAUAUCAGUUGUCUCAGAUUGUCACAGACGAUCCUUAUAAUGAAGACUUUUACUUCCAGGUCUACAAAAUUAUUCAACGUGGUGGUGUUGUAGGAGAAUCUAACAAGGGUUUAAUCGCUCGCGCGUACUUGGAGCAUUCUGGCCACAGACUAGGUGGCCGUUACAAACGUGCUGAUGUAGCUCUACAAAGAAUGCAAAGUCAGGUUGAAAAGGCCGUCACCGUAGCUAAGGAAAGACCUCAAAAAAAUAAGGAAAAUUUCGAUGGCGCAAAAGAAGGUGUUUUGGGAAAAAUCUCAUCCACUAUGAAUAGUAAGGCACCUCGUAGACAACUUCAAAUUCCUACGCAAAAGAGUGAAGACGAUGAAUCUAACGCAGCUGCUAUUGAUGAAGUUGUGGAAUCGUUAAAUGGUGUUGAACUUUCCUCGGCUUCCAAGGCAAGAAGAAGAUCGUCUUAUGCAUUCCGUACUAUGGAUCAGAGCGCUGUUUUGUGUCGUUCUGGUGGCCGAAAGUUUGUUCUUUCUCUCAUUGAAAGUGUUUACUCUGAAGUUCUCGAAUUGGAAGCGCAAUUGAGAAGUGGAAAGAGCAUUGACAACAAAGCGUUGUGGGAUGCCCUACACGUGGCUGAUGAUUCAUAUGAAGUGAGUCCUUUCAUCUCCAUUUUGUCCUUUGACAAAGGUGUUAAAAUCAUGCCUCGUAUUCUCAACUUUUUGGAUAAAGCCCAGAAGUUGAGAUUGUUGACAUUAUUCUUCAGCGAGCUGUCUCAUUUGAACAUUAUCGUGACCAGUUCGUACAAAACCAAUCCUCAUCCGACUGAUGUGCAAUUGAAGAAAAUUGAACUCUUCCAAUCCGUUUUCUUAAAGAUCAUUGUUUCAUUUUUGUCCAGUUCCGCAGAAUUUUUGGAAGUUAUCAGUUUGUUGCUAGCUUUGAUUAAAGAUAAUAAUGUUUCUUUCAUCAGCACGUCUAAAAUCGGUCUCAACUUGAUCACCGUAUUGAUCUCCCGGGCAGCUUUGAUAAAGCAAGACAUUAACAGAGGAACAGUUUUGUCAAGUUCUGAAAUCUCCACCUGGAAUGAAAUUUAUGAUAAGUUGUUCACAGCUUUAGAAACUAGAUUGGCGCUGGUCUUUCCUCCAGAAGAAUACACUAACAGAGUGGUGGCUAUAUCCUCCUCCCCAUCACUUUUGUCGGCUAACGGCGAACAAACUGCCAAAAACCAUUAUUACGAUCACUCAUACAUUUGGCAGUUCUUCGCCUCACUGGCUUUGAGCGGCAAGUUGAAUCAUCAACGUGUUAUUAUCGAUGAGAUUAGAGACGAAAUUUUUGGAACGAUCAGCAAAGCUGAAGAACUCGCAAAGUCCACCACCGUGGAUGAACAGGUGGCGUUAUACCAAAGGGACAAAAUGUAUCAGGAUUUGAAUCUGUUCCUAAACGUCAUGGGACUAGUCGCUCGUGAUGGUGAGAUUACAGAACUUAAGUAG